AGACCCCAUUGCCCGUUUGAACACAGUGAAGAAGCUGAACAAUCUCCAAUUCAGCACUCUAUCUAUAUAUCAUCCCAAACCACAACUUAACCGUCAAAGCGACAACGAUUCACCGGAAAAAAAUGGAUUUAUUUGAAGUAAUGCAAAACAGGGCGAUUGGAUAUGCGAUCUUAGACCUGUUAAUGUCCAUGACGCCUCUCUGGUUCGCCGUCGCCGUUGGGGUGCUGGUGGGGUGGGCGUGGAAGCCGCAUUGGGUUAAUCUGGACGGCGCGGCCAAUUGGGCUGCCUCGAUUGUGCCGACUUCUUCCGCUCUUCCGUCGCUUUCUGGAAUUGGCAUCCCUAUUGACUUGGGUUCAGUUCAGAAUUUCACUUCUGUGAAUUUCCAAUUGCCCGGCUUCAUUACAUGGAACUUUGAGAAAGAACCUUCAGAAAAAUCCCCAGAUUCAAGAGCAUUGCAGCCAAGCAUUGCGAAAUCCUACGUUUUAACUGAGAAAGACUUUCUUCAGUUGCACCAAUUGCUUGAAGAAGAGAUUGAUGGGCCUGGUUGGAUUAAGGUGAUGGAACGGUCCACUGCUAACUUAAAAUUCAUAGGUCACCGUAGGAACAGUGAGGAGGGUCACUUGAUGUAUAGAACCAUAUCGUUAUACGAGGAUGUUACACCCGAAAUCCUUAGAGAUUUCUUUUGGGACGAUGAGUUCAGAUCCAAGUGGGAUGCAAUGCAUUUCAGUUCUGAUCUCUUGGAAGAGUGUACCAAGACAGGAGCUAUGCUAGUUCACUGGAUUCGCAAAUUCCCCUAUGUUUCCAGUUAUAGAGACUACACAAUUGCACGUCGGAUUUGGCAGUCUAGCGAUUCCUAUUAUUGCGUAUGCAAGGGUGUGCCUUGCUCUCAUAUCACUAGAAGAGAAAAUGCAAAGCUAGUUGAUGAGUUCCUGUCAUGUUGGCGUAUCCGACCCGCUAAUUCAGCAAGAGAUGGGCGGUUGACCGCCAGCGAGGUUACACUCUUCCACUGUGAGGAUAUGGGAAUGCCAAGGGCAAUUGCCAAGUUUGGGGUUGAGAAUGGCAUGUGGGGAACUGUCAAAAGAAUUGACCCUGGCCUGCGCCAGUACCUCAGGCACCGAGCAUCUGAUCCCCCUCUUUCACGAUAUGUUCUCUUGGCCCGUCUUAGCACAAAGUUUAGUCUCCGCGAAUUUGAUUCCCAUCACGAGAAGAAAGGUCACACUUCUUCAUCAAAUACGGAAGCAGAACAUUCCACCUAUAAUCCUCCUACUGCAUCGUCCGAAAGAAUUUCAAAAUUGGUCGUCUGUGGUGCUUUAUUGGUUCUUGCUUGUAGCUUUGAUGGCGGGUUCUUGAAGAAGGCGAUUGUGUACGGAGUGGGCAGAAGGUUCGGGCAGAUUGGAGGCCGGGCUGCGGCGGGGCUGCAUUAGAACAAGAACUGUACUUCACCUUUAAGAACUCUAUAAAAAUGGAGUUAUAUUGUGCUAUACGGUAUAUGGUUUAUGGUCUUUUCUAUGCAAGUACGUGACUUUGUUAGACGAAACACUUGUACUAAUCACAAGCCAAUGCUAUUAAUAAAAUUACCCCAAUAGCCCUACAGAACCGUUUGAAGAAAGUCUUUUUUUAUAG